UGUGUUAGCAUCGAUGUUUCUCCACCUCUAAUACUCGGCUGCACUUGCAACUUUUCAUUGUUUGAAACGCAAUUAAUAUAUAAUUCGAGUAAUGAAUUUUAGCCAACGCCAACCAGAAUGGCACACAAUACCAGCAGUGGCACUAAAUCACAUCUUCGACUAUCUGGAUCCCCCCGACCGAAAAUCGGCAGCAAGUGUUUGUUAUUCCUGGAGACUUUCAUUUUUUCAGAAACGCUACUUUAGAAACUUUCGCUUUCAUUUGGAUGUGGGCAUCGAUGAUCAGUUGGCCUUCUUCCAUCGCUCCAUGGCCAAUUUGGCCAGGGAACUGAUUGUAGUCUUCGACUUUCAAAAUGCAUUUCACAUCCAGAAAAUGCGACGACUUCUACACAAAGUGGCACGCUGUGAUAAUAUUCAGAAAUUGCGUUUCCAAACCCACAAUGUGGGCCUUGUUGCCAUCGGCGGUAUGCACAGCGAGCACUCGGUGGCCAUCGAACAAUGUUUCGUGGAGCCGCUGAAGCUGUUCCUGAACCGCAAACGUCAGUCCUGCCAGCUGCUGGAUCUUGGGGCCAUCGAGGCCCUCUCAUACUAUGCCCACGACUUCCUAAAAUCCAUGGGCAAGCCCCAAGAAUUGUUGCAGUUGACGCUGGCCAGCAUUAAGUACGAUCCUAGUCACUAUCCCAUCCUCACGCUGGACGCAACGCUGCUUCAGAAAUGUGCCGCCCUGCAAGUGCUCUCCCUCGAUUACGAUUCACUAUCCGACGAACUGCUGCACACCAUUCAGGUGCUGCCUCUGCGGAAGCUGCUCAUUGCGGUGCACGGCCUGGACAGCGAGGAGCACCCCAACGUGUCGGAGACAGCUUGGGCCAACUUCUCUGACCAUUUCUCAAGCAUUGAGCUGGUGCUGACCCUGGUGUACGCCUACGAAGCCAUUGAGCUGCUGCAGCAUCGUGUCCUGCGUAGAAACAUGCCCUUGACCCAUGUGCGACUGCUCUUCUGCGAGCAGAUGAACGCCGAGGCUUUAGACUGGAUGUCGGUUCAUCACAGCGAAACGCUUCGCAGCAUUCACUACGUGGACUCGGCGUACAAGCAUUCCAACCGCAUGGACUACGCUCGCCACGGCUUUCUGCGCCAGGACCCGUUCGUAAUGAUGGCCUGGCGUUGCAAGCAGCUGGAGGAGAUCGUGGUGCACGGGUACUUGAUGGAUCCGCACAACCUCGUGGGAAUUGCCAGGCUUCGGGGUCGGCAGCUCAAGCGUCUGGAGGUCUCUAUGAUCGACUGGUCCAGCGCUGCUCCGCUAAAUGCUUUUAAUGAGGAAAUAAGCACCUUGCUGGGACAACAGUGGUCGCCCAUCACCCCCGACAAGAUGCCGCCAUCGCUGGCCCUUGACUACGAGGAACGCGAUCAGUUCGUGUACGAAAUGUUGCGCCAGGAUCUCAGCCAGUAAGUGGUCGAAGUAGGGACUCACUCAAAAAUAACCAAAAAUUGAAGCAAAGUCAUCAAGUGAACGAAUGAAAAGCAAACAUGACACGUGAUCAACUCGAGCGCAUAGAAAUUAAUUUAAAAAUUGCAAAACCUAAUUACGUAGCUAAAACUAAACCCAAAAGAGAUAUGUAAGCAAAAAGAAAAUUCAACCGUUAUACUAAGUUAUCAAAAUUUGUAUAUGUAAACCAAACCUUUUGAUUGGCAAGCAUUUUAUAGACGUUAAAUUUCCUAAGUUUUUAGUCUUUGUUAUCAAAAUCGCUAUUAGCCCUUGUUAGUUAGACUAAAAGCGAAUAUGAACAGCAACAGGAAUGUAAGGAGCAAAGCAAAAGACUUGAGCACUUCACAAAUUAAUGUAAUUAUGUAAAGGGGCUAAAUGAGUUUGUUGAAACCUGCUAGAGAAACAUCAUUUAAUAAGCAACAACAACUGUGAUUCAAACGAAAAUGCAAAAGCGAGUGCAGAUGCAAGUGCAAGUGCAAGCCAGUGUAAGCAAUUGCGACACCAACUCUCAUACAAAACAAAAACGACAACAACAAAUUGUUAAGCGAAUUGUCUAGUUAGCUAAGUUUAAAAGUAACAAAACAAAAGUGUUGAAAAAUGUUUGUAAAACCAAAACUACGACCAAUGUCAAAUUGUUUGCUCAAAAUUCAAUUGGCACAAAUUGUUAACCUUUGUAGUAGUGUGAAUAAGAACGGAAACCGGCGCUCAAUUGUGAUAAACCAACAAACAACAACAAAAGCAAAUGUAACAACAACGAGAGCUCGAUCCUCGUUCGCUAAGCGCCGCCAUUUGUGUAGUUUAAAGUGAUAUUACCAGCAACAGCAAAGAAAAUUGUAAGCAAAUACAAAAUAUAUGUAUUGUAAUAGCCAAAAAGAGCUAAGUUUGCUGUCACGUGUGGUACAUGCGUUGUGGCCAGAGAAACGGGCCAGAAAGCUAAGCAAUUGUAAGACCCAAACCAACUUUUAAGUAUUUCGUAGCACAGGCAUUAAUUUAUACAACUAUGUACUAUAUUUAACUUAUGUUUGCACAAAAACAGCAGCAUGUUGUCACGAGCCGCGGCUCAUCCUCCCCAGAGUUGCUUGCCGACGAACAAGUACAACCGCAACAAUGACAACGUCAACAACAACAACAACAAUGGUACCUGAAGAUCAUGCUGAGCAUUUAGAGAACAACAGAACAACAACCACAAAGUACUUGCUCAAAUCUAACAAUCUAAACAAACACAAAAUCUAUUGAAACAGAAGACUGAACGAUAAAGAAAAUCGCGACGAGGGUGUUGUCUUCGUUGUCAGAGCAAUGUGGAGGAUGGCACUGGGUUCUGGGACAAGCAGCCGCAAACAAAAUGCGAUCUCAAAGACAACUCUUACAACUAUCCAAUCGACCAUUUAUACUUGUAUGUAUCUAUAUGUAACCAAUGCAUGUAAUAAUUUUUGUUAUGAACUGCAAUAGCGAAUAUUAAUUUGUAAAUCGAGUGCAAAUCAUGUGUAAAGCGAAGCAAUCUAAGAAUGUCAAGCAGAUAAACAACCACUGUAACACGGCCACAAAAAAGAAAAUCUAAAACAGUGUCGGGUUCUGCAAGAGAUUCCAAAUCCGCGGCCCAAAUAAUGUAAGCAGACCUGUUUUUUUUGUGGCUGUGUAUUUAAUUUAAGUCUAGUACGUACCAACACAACAACCAACACCAACAACAAAUGUGAUAAAAGUGUCAUGCUGCUUCCAAGUAUAACAACCAGUGCAAAAUGCCACCCAAGAAAGUGCACGACCGAAGCAAUGAGAACAGAAGUAAGCAUUGGAAAGUCAGGGCCUGAUUAAUGGGAGAUAUGUUACAUAAGAGCUCUAUUUCAUAGCCAUCCGACACCUAAGUUUCUAGGGAUUUAAAAAAACCAAGAUUAGGAGUUCAGUGAGCACAUAGUUAAACAUAGGGUCCGAAUUAUUUAUAGUCUUCAAUAUUAUUUUUUGUUUCUAAAUGCAACCGAAAACUGAACUCCCUAAUAUUACGUGAAUAGUCACUUUUUUGUUCACUUAUAAAAAGAAAAAACAUCUAUACCUCAAAAAAAAAACAAAAUUAAAGUGUCGUUUAGGUAGGGAAUAGAGCCAAUAUCCAGCCAUCAUUAAACGUUAGAGGGCCGUCAAUCAAUGGAUUCAUUCAAUUACAAUCAACGUAAAUGAAAAAAAGUAUUAUGUUUUUCUGUUAUACUAGAGUCACUUCCAACGCUGCUGUAUAUGAGUAACGUUCUUUUUGUAUACUUACUACAAAAAAAAAUAUAUUUUAUAUGCCAUUUAUUGUAUUUAAAUUCGAGGAAACCGAAACCAAUUUUGUAAACCAUUCCACAAACACAACAAACCAAUGCGAUUUAUUCUAACGUAUGUACUGAUUCAGUAGCAACACUGCAAAAAGGGAGGCAACAACCAAGUUUAAGAUAAGUGUUGAUCGAGAACAACAACAAGAAGCCAGCGUGUUAAUAUAUGUAUGUAGAGUAUGGCCCGAUGUCGAUAUUCAGGGGAACAACAAGUGUGACACGGGCGUGGUGGGGUAGAAAGGAAAAGAAGAUAAGGUACAGCCGUGCAUUAACAACAAUGUUUAUAUAUGUAUAUGCAAGUUAUGCUUAAAAGUUAUAAGAGCAAAAGUGAAGAAAGCUGUGAUAUAACAAAAUCCAACAAAAAGGCAAACAACAACCGACAACACACAAAGAUAACACCGACACAUUCAACUACAAACAGACAAGCCAAUUCGAAACGUGUGCGACCAACAGAAGAAUGUUAACAACCUUUCCAAAACUAAGAGCCAGGAGAAGGACCAUCGGAAAUGGCCAAUGAUAAGAAUUAAAAGCGAAUUGUAGGAGAUCGAAUCAGAUCCAGUAAAAGUUAGCUUAGCAGGAUUACGAAGGAAGAGGAGGAGGGGAACCAAAGUUUUGAACCGAAGUGUUUAAGUAUGCGGAAUAUAUCAUUCGUACUCCAAUCAGGAAGAAAAGUGAGGAGAGAAAUCAAAUGUUAAAUUAUAUAGCGAUAUGUAAUAAAACACACACAUAAAAAGUGCACAUAGCUUUAACUAUAUGGAAGCAAACAUUUUAUUUAAAAUCAAUUUCAAUUUGAUUUGCCAUGUUUAUGAUUUGUGCAAGAUUUUAAAGCUUAAAUAUAAAACAAAACAGAGGCCAACGACAGUUUGUGUGGCAUAUGCAAUAUCAUUAAAAUGUAAGACAUCCAAGAAAUAUAAACCAAUUAAAGCGUAGAAAACAAAAUGCAUUCAAUUGAAAAACCAAUAAAAUCGUUUGAAACUUAAAA